GUAAUUUUUGUAAGCAACUCUUAUAUUCAAAACAAACUUGGGAUCCUUGUAACUAACUAGAUACAAUCUAAAUUUUCACUUGACUGUCUGUAAAAUUAGAACCUUGUUCCAAAAAGAAAAAAGCAUGGGAGAAUCUGCUUGCCUCAUGCAGCCAUUCUCAUACGCAGCUCCACAGGGAGAUUCUCUUGGUGCUUUAGGACAGUCUGUGUCCUUUGGGAGAUUCAUGUCUGAGAGACUUGACUGGGAAAAAUGGUCAUCUUUCCCGACACAGAACCGUUAUGUGGCGGAGGCAGAGAGAUACUCGAGGCCAGGGUCUGUGGCUCAGAAGAAAGCCUUCUUCGAAGCUCACUACAAGAAUCUCGCUGCUGCAAGAAAAGCUGCCGCUGAAGAGGCACUCUUGCUCCGACAGCAAACCUCUGAUGAGUUGGUUCCAGUUCAAGAAGAAGAUAUCAAUGGCGUAGGAAAGAAAGAAUCAGACCCCCCGGUUCCUGAGAUUCCAAGAGCAUCUUUAGAUGCUGAAAUGAAAGUAGUUGCAGAAAAAGUAAGCAGGUCUUCUGGUAAUAGACAGUCUGAUGAGAAAGAGAACCGUCGGAAGACUGAGUCAGAGAUCAAUGGCAAAGGGUCUACAGUUAAAGAAGAACAACAGGUUGAGGAGAAAACGCCUAUGAUCCUCCUUAAGAAGAAUUCCAAAGAAGCACAACCAAAGAGCAGUACAAAGCCGAGAGUGUCUAAGCUCAAUAUAUCGGAGAGGACUCCAAGUCAAAAGCCUAGUAACAAGAGCAGCUCUUACAAUUUCACACCAGCAAAAGAGUUCAAUAGGUUAGUGUCCAUCAUAAGGAAGAUUGAUGGGUCAUCAAGAGCUUCUUCUAAACAAACCAAAGAAUGCAAAACUCCUCUCCGGACACCAUCAAGCAAUAAUAAGGUAUCUGCAAAGGGAAUUGUGGAGGACUCUUUGUUCACCACACCUUUGUCUAGUAACAGAAGAGCUCCUGAUUCUUCUACCAAGACAGGUCGAGGAAGAUGGAAUUUCCUCCCUGCAGAGACGCCGAGCUGCUUCACACCGUUUGGCUUAAGAACAGAGGAGAGAGCAGAGAGAAGAAAAAAGAAGCUAGAGGAGAAAUUCAAAGCCAUGGAGGCACAGAAAGAGAAGGAGGAGGAGCAGGAGAGGAGUGUGGAGAAAGAAGAGAGUAAACUAAGGCAAAGGCUGUGCUUCAAGGCGAAGCAACUUCCAAAUUUCUACAAACACAGACCUAAAUCCACUGACCAAACUAAAAAAGCUCUGUUACGGUAGCAGAGAGAGAGAGAUGCUAAAGAAUAAAUCAUUUAUCCUUCAGAGAUGUGAACUACUGUAUAUUGCGCAGCCUUAGCGCCUGUGUGGAGGAUUAGUCUCUCUGGAAGGAAUCCUUCAACUACUCUUUUCUUCUUUUCUCUGAGACACACUGGAUUUGAUCAUUUGUAUUAAUAUUUGUAAUUUUGUGUUCUAUUAAAUAUCUUUUUGCUUCU